AUGGUUAGCGAUGAGGAUUCAAGGAACAUGGCCAUCAAGGUCAUCGCGGGGCUGUUCAUGUCCAUAGCAAGUGUGGCCGUGAUGCUCCGAUGCUAUGUCCGUGGCUUUUUGGUUAAAGCGUUCGGAUGGGAUGACGGUGCGAUGGUGAUGGCUAUGGCCUGGUAUGCAAUGUUCUGCGGAUCCAUGAUUGGAGCGGGGGUACAUGGCAAUGGGCGACACUGGUAUAACGUGGAAACAGAGGACCGAGUACUCGCCAUGAAGUACUGGUGGCUCUGCGAAAUUGGAUUCUGUUUCGCAUCGAUUUUCUGCAAGAUCUCAAUUUGUAUUUUCCUGAUGCGUAUCUGUAUCAACCGGACGCACAUUCUACUUCUCUAUUCCGUCAUGGUCCUGACAGUUCUUGCUGGCCUGGUUUUCAUGUUCCUGAUGCUAUUGCAAUGCAAGCCAUUGUCCUAUUUCUGGACCCGAAUGGCGCAUCACCCCGUUCGCAACAUCGAAGGGGAAGGCUCUUGUAUCAACAUGGAAAUCAUUAUCGCCAUGACAUACAUUUACAGUGCUUUUGCCGCGAUGUGUGACUUCACUGUGGGAAUUUUGCCAAUCUUCGUUGUGCACAAACUGCAAAUGAAGACACAGACGAAGAUGGCUGUGGUCGGAAUCUUGAGCAUGGCAUGCAUUGCUUCUUCUGCCGUGAUUGUCCGUAUUCCGUUUGUGAAAACCUUUGAUGAUUUGAACGACUUUUUGUAUGCUACUGUCCAAAUCGCCUACUGGUCGAACCUCGAGGCCGGCCUCGGUAUUACUGCCGGCUGUCUCGCAACCCUUCGUCCCCUGCUUCGCCACUGGUUUGGUACGCGCGCUGAUCCAUCCUAUUCCGCUGGGUUCCCAAAAGCGAGCUACGGGCGUCGCACUGGUCCAAGUCAGCAUCACCCUGUGCCUUUGAGCUCGAUUAAUGGGACCGAGCGGGGUGAGCUAAGAGCUGAUAGAUUGGCUGUCAUGGUGACAAACAUCGAAAGUCAGAGAGACUUGGAAAAUUCAUGGCCUCAGCCAUCCAGCCCCAGCAGUAGCGAGAAAAGAUUGACUAUGCCGCCUUCAUGUCCAGGAAGAAUGGAAGUGGGUAUUCGCCAGACAUUCGAGGUUACAAGUACGACAAUGGAGACUGAUUUCGGGGACGUGGCUCAGUGGACUGCGAGAGAACAUCUUUAUGAUGGACUUUUGGGAGCAGUAGGCCCUCUGGAAAAGUAUUGUGUGGGUCCCACGUAUACGUAA